AUGUUUCCUUCCAAGUUCACUGCUAUGGGACUGGCUAUUCUUCAGGACUGGUGCAGGUGGAUGGGUGCCAAUGCCCAGCGCUCUCUGCUCAUCCUGGGUAUCCCCGAUGACUGUGAGGAAGAAGAAUUCCAGGAGGCUGUGCAGGCUGCCCUCAGGCCCCUGGGCAGGUACCGAGUGCUUGGCAAGGUCUUCAGAAAAGAGAUCGGGGCAAAGGUCGCUUUGGUUGAAUUCGCUGACAAUUUAAACCAAAGUCUGAUCCCCCAACAAAUACCAAAUGAUAGGGGGCCCUGGACUGUGAUCUUCCUGCCUCCAGUCCCUGAUAUCGAGCUACAGGACACAUUCAAUUUCCCUGCACAGGCUCACGGGCAAGCUUUGGAAGGGUCUUCAGGUGGGGCAGGGGCUUCAGGUAGAUCAGGGGCUACAGUGGAGGAAGGAGAUGUAGUUAGGGCUGUGGGUGAGGCAGGAGGAGCAGCUGAGGAAGGAGCCGAGGAUGAGGCAAGAGUACCUGUUGAGGAAGGAGCCGAGGGUGAGGAGGGAGGAGCAGAUGUGGCUCCUCCUGCCCCCUUCCUACUGGAGGAAGGAGCUGCAGCCAAGGCAAGAGUGUCAGAAGAGGAAGAAACAGAGGGUGAGGAAGGAGCGGGUGAGGCAGGAGGAGCAGCCCAGGAAGAAGCUGCAGCUGAGGUGAGCAUGUCAGAUGAGGAAGGAGCAGCGGAUGGGGAAGGAGUUGUAGAUGAGGGAGGGGUUGUGUAUGAGGCAGCAGUAGUAGAUGAAGCAAGAUUGUCAGACGAGGGGGCUGUGGAUGGGGAAGAUGAUGUAGUUGAGGCAGGGGCUGCGAGAAUGUCUGAUGAGGAGGGAGCUGGAGGUGACAUGGGGGUCGCAGGUGUUAUAGGAGCUAUGGGUUGGGCAGGGGCUGCAGGUGAGGUAGGAGCUGCAGGAGAAGGAGGCGUUUUAGAGGCAGGAGCAGGAGGUGAUGAGGGGUCUGCAGGUGAUGAGGGCUCUGGGAGCGAUGAGGGGUCCGCAGGGGAUGAAGGCUCUGUGGAUGAUGGAGGGGCCGUGAGAGAAGCAGGAGCUGUAGGAGAGGAUGAGGCAGGAGCCGUAGGUGAGGCAAGACUGUCAGAUGAGGAGGGAGCUGCAGGUGACAUGGGAGUUGCAGGCAUUCUAGGAGCCGUGGGAUUGGCAGGGGCCGCAGGUGAGGCAGGAGGCUCGGGUGAGGAAGGGCCCUUUGAUGUGGCAGGAGGGGCACGUGGGGCUGGAGCCUGGACCCAGCAGUGGGGCCAAGCCGUGCAGCCCAUCCUGGAAAACAUGGCCUACCAGGAGCUGAGGCACUUCUCUGGGAUGGAAGAGCCCGGCUGUGGGGGUCUGUCUUUUGAGAGCUGGCUGGACCACGCCAAUGACAUGCUAUACAUGUGGCGCCACAUAUCCGAGACGGAACGGCGUCGGCGGCUGGUCGAGAGUUUGGGCGGCCCUGCCCUGGAUCUCCUGUGUGAGCUUCUGGAAGAGAAUCCAGACACCCCUGUGCAGGACUGCCUGGCUGCACUGUUGAAGGUGUUUGGCAACAAGGAUCCCGUGAUGACCGCGCGGAUGAAGUUCCUGACUUGCUCCCAAGGGCCUCAGGAGACACUCUUUGCCUAUGUGAUGCGCCUGGAAGGUCUGCUGCAGAUGGCCGUGGAGAAGGGGGCCAUUCAGCCUGCAAUGGUGGAUCAGGUGAGGGCACGGCAGGUGCUAAUGCGAGCCCGGCCCAACCAGAUGCUGCAGAACAACCUGAGGAGGAUGCGACUGGAGAGGCGGCCACCUGGCUUUGUUGGGCUGCUCAGACUUGUUCGGGAGACUGAGGCAUGGGUGGCAGCUCUGGUAGAAAAUGCAGUGGUCCAAGUAGGGGAAGGGGUGGAAGUGCAUGGUGGAGAGCUGGAUGUGGUCCAGGCUGCCCUUGUUGGUGUUGGGGGCACUGAGCCUGCUCCUGCUGUUAGAGAGGCCCUUCCAGCCAGUGAAGCUGCUGGCCAGGCUGCUGCUGCUGUUCUUGAGCAAGCUGUUGAGGCUGCUGCCGAUAUUGAUGGUGCCGCAAAGGCAGGCCUUGAUUCUGACGAGGCCAAGGUCUUCCUUGUCACCGACAGAGAUGAAAAUGUGUUGGCCCCUGCUGGCUCAGGCCAGGCAGGACCCACUGAGGGUCCAGGUGUGCCUGAGAGCUUGACCAGUGCAGGAGAGCAAGAAGUAGAGCCUGUACCAGAGGGGCUGAAGGAAGAGUCAGAAAAUGAGGAUGGGGCAUGGGAAGGUAGUCACCCCAAAUCCUUUGGCAAAUAG